AUGCAGCGCAAGUCCUAUGUGAGGACUUCCUCGACCGUUUCUCCAGGUUCGAUCGAGCGCCGAGUGUUUGCGUAUGUGCGAAGGUUUGCCCAGCGUUGCCGCCAUCCCAAGGUCUCGUUUCCAGAGAGGCUCAGCUCUCAAGAGCUUGCAGAAGCUCAAGAGAGGCUGAUUGUACAGGCUCAGAAUCGGGUAUACGCGAAAGAGUGUGCUUCCCUCCGGUCCCAUAAUCGUUUAAUCGGGUCAAGCGAUAUCCUAAGCUUGAAUCCGUUCCUUGACAAGCAAGGUGUCCUGCGUUCCUGUGGACGCGUAAGAGCAUCCACCUCCUUAUCCUACGACGAACGGCAUCCAAUAAUUCUCCCGUUCGGCUGCGUGUUUUCACGCCUCCUGGUUUCCUUCACGCAUCAAGUCUCCCUCCAUGGAGGCAACCAAUUGGUGAUGCGGCUGGUCCGAACCAAGUACUGGACUCCCAAGCUAAGGAACUUGGUGAAGACAGUAAUUAGUGCAUGCAAGACCUGCGUGCUCCAGUCGCAGCUGAUGGGUGAUCUCCCAACCGCUCGGUCGACUUUUUCGCGACCUUUCACUAACUCCGGAGUAGACUUCGCCGGUCCUUCGACGUCAAGAGCUACCACGAAGGCAAUCCAUCAUGAGGCGACCACGGAUCUGACAGCGGAAAAGUUCUUGGAAGCUUUCUCCCGAUUCGUGGCACGACGCGGGUGCCCUCUUCACAUGUACUCUGACAACGGGAAAACCCAUCAAGAUCUUGCAUAUCAUUUCAACCCACCUGGUGCCCCUCACAUGGGGGGUCUGUGGGAAGCAGGCCUCAAGAGUUUCAAGACGCAUUUCUACAAGACGGUUUCCUCUGUAAAACAUACGUUCGAGGAACUUUCCACCCUCCUGUCCAAAAUUGAAGCGUGCCUCAAUUCGCGGCCUUUGUCUCCUAUGUCAGAGGAUGUGAGCGACUUGGCGGCACUUACUCCCGGUCAUUUCCUGAUCGGGGGUCCGCUACUCUCCAUGGCGGAGCCAGAGUCCAGAGAGGAUGUGGAGUCCAUCCGCAACCGCUGGCAACGGCUCAAGGCUCUCAAUCAGCAUUUCUGUGUGCGAUGGAAGAACGAAUAUUUGAAGGAAUUGCAUAAGCGGAAUAAGUGGCAGUCACCUUCACGCGAUCUCCAAAUCGGUGACAUGGUGGUCAUCAGAGAGGAGAAUAUACCACCACAAGAAUGGCGCCUCGGGCGUGUGCUAACCGCUUGCCCAAGUGCUGAUGAAAGGGUCCGUGUGGUAGACCUCCAGACGUGUCGUGGUGUUUUCCGCCGACCAGUUGCAAAGCUGGUCCUCCUUCCUACGGGACGCGCGCUCUGA